CUUGUUUUCUCUUAUUUGUUUAUAAUAGGUGAAUUAUAGACCACCAUCCAUGCUUGGAAUCAACAUACCUACAACUGAUAACAUUUAUAAUGCUGAUCCGAGUAAACCAAAAUUUCGAGACUUUUAUAAAGUCUCAAAGGAAACUGGACGCUACAAGCAAUGUGCAGGGAAGCGUUCAGUCGAGGAAUGUGGCUGCACAGAGGAUAUGAAGUUAUCUUCCCUUGUUGAAUAUUCAGACUGCAGAGAAAGAGUAUAUCGAGUUUUAUAUCCAGCCUAUGAUUUAAACAUCUCCCUUUGGUUGAGGAGUAAAAAUGAACAAGAUCAGAUUUUAUAUUCUCCUUUUUUUAUUACGAUCACUGAACUGAACAACCGGACCAACUGGAAAGCAACUAGUACAAAAAAAAACCCAAGCUUUUCCAAAUUAAGGAAUUACUAUAAAAACAAUUUAACCAUUUACAACCCAGAUGGCCUUUUUAUUAGCUUAUUUGGUUCAGAAUUGUACCAUUUCAGAGUAACAGUUAUUCCUGGAGUAUCGCUCUGUGACUUGUUUACUGAAUUUCAGAUUUAUGUUGAUGAUCCACCGAUGGCAUAUCCAUUGCACUAUUUAAUCACUAUGGUUACUGCCAUCACUCUUGGAGCAAUCGUUAUGGUUUACUUCCUUUUUCAGCAUCACCACUAUGCAUUUAAUAUCACUCCGUGUUGGAAGUUUAUCAAAGUAACUUAAUUUUCAUUAUAAACUAUUAUAAAGAAAAUAAUAAAUCAAAAUUAAGGAUGCAAUUUUGCGAUUUAUUUUCUAUAUUUAAUAGCUAAAUAAUUAAGUCAUGAUAUUGAGAGUCGAGGAGCCUUGAUAAAAUUAAAACCAAGCAUUGCCUUGAUGAGGUGACAAUAUAACAGACUACUCUGGAUCUAUUGUUGCGUAAUGAGAAAGGGUUAAUUAAUAAUCGUAUUGUAGAAGAGUCACUCAAAAAGAUUGGUCAUAAUAUUUAAAAAAUUGCAUUUAAAUUUGAAAGAUUGAUAUUUCAGUCUGUAGCCAGGAUCAUUAUACCUGCAUCCAUCUCUAUUCUCAGACCAAAUAUGCUGACAGUCUGUUCUCCCCACAGAUGCCACUGAAACCCUCCUCCCCAGGGUUUCCUCCUGCAGAUUGUUGUUGCUGGAGGUCUGUAAAGACAGGAUAUCCAUUAGGAAGAUGAGGCGGCGGGGAGCCUUGUUAUCUGAAAUUGUCAGACUAGUGGAGGGCAUGAUAGGCAUCCUGAAUGUACCUUGGACACCAUGGUAGCAUAGCAGUUAAUGCAGCGCUAUUACAGUUUGGAGCAUCAGAGUUCAGAGUUCAAUCCUGGCAUUCUCUGUGCAUCCUCUUUGCAGAAUAUGUAGUUUUUUUCCAGAUCCUCCGCUUUCCUCCCACAGUCCAAAAAUGUACCUGGUACGUUAGUUGGCUAUUGUAAAUUGUCUCGCAGUUUGGUUAAGGUUAAAUCAGGGUUGUCGAGGCUCGCUGGACAGUGCGGCAGGAGGGGCCACAAAGGUCUAUUCCACACUGUAUCUCUAAGUAAAUAAAGUAAAAUAGAUAAAAAUAAUAUCAUUAGGAAGAGACUGGACAAUGGCGGACAGGAUAGAGAGCAUUGAGGAAAUAAAUUCAGUAGUGUAAGAGCAGGUAGAAAGAAAGGGUAUAACAAAACAAUCAUGGGUAAUGGUUAGAAGUAGGAAGUGUAGGGUUUUGUUGAUAUCAGAUAGGAAGCUAAAGAGGAGAUACCUCCUGGUGUGAUGGGAUCUCCAACAGUGCAGGAAACAAUGGCUGGAACACCAAAACACCUGGACUUUUCCCUAGAUCUAAGAAGGCUGGAGGGGUGAUGUUUAUAAAAUUAUGAUGGGCCUCAACUAGAGGGAUUUCCAGAAUCUUUUUCUAAGGAUAUAGGGUAUCUAAAACCAGAGGACAUAGCUUUAAGGUGAAAAGGGGGAAAGAUCUAAAGCAAUUGGGUGGGGAGAGGGUAGAUUUUUCCAUAUAUAGGGUGGUGGGUACAAUUGGGAUGCUUAAAAGACAUCUGAACAGGUAGGUGGUAGGAAAGGGAGAGGCAGCAUACCAGGUCAUUCCUUAUCAAUGACAGAGUUUUUUGACAAGGUGACUAGAGAGGUUGAUGAGGGUAGGGUAGUGGAUAUUGUCCACGUGGAUUUUAGUAAGGCAUUUGACCAAAUCCCUCAUGGGAGGCUAAUCCAGUAGAUUAAGAUGCUUGGGAUCCGCAGAGAUUUGGCUGUUUGGAUUGAGAACUGGCUUGCACAUAGAAGACAGAGGAUACAGUAAUGGUUGAAGGGACUUAUUCACGCUGGAGGUUUGUGCUCGGACCUCUGCUGUUAGUAAUGUAUAUAAAUGACCUGGAUGAAAAUAUACGUGGGUGGGUUCGGGAGUUUGCAGAUGAUGCCAAGAUUGGUGGAGCCAUAAGUACAGCACAGAAACAAGUCCUUCAGCCCAUUUAGUCUGUGUUGGAACCAUUUAAACUGUCUACUCCCAUCAACCUGAACCAGGACCAUAGCCCUCCAUAUCUCUACUAUCCAUGUACCUAUCCAAUAGAGUGGAGUUGUGGUUAGUGUAGAAGACUGACAAAGAAUACACCACAAUAUAGAUCAAUUGCAGAUAUGGGCUGAGAGUGGCAGAUGGGAGUUUAAUCAAGAUAAAUGUGAGGUGUUGCUCUUCAGUUGGGCAAGCUCCUUAACAGUGUCGCUGAGCAGAGAGGUCUUCAAAUCCAAGUUCAUAGCUCCUUGAAAGUGGCUCCACAGGUCAAUAAGGUAAGGAGGCUUAUGGAAUUCUUGCUUUUAUUAGUCAAGGCAUUGAGUUCAAAAGUCAGGAGAUCAUGUUGCAAUUUUAUAAAACUCUUGUUAGGCCACAUCUGGAGUAUUGUGUACAGUUCUGAUUGCCCCACUAUAGGAAGGAUGUUGAGGCUUUGGAGAGGGUGCAAAGAAAUUUAGCAAGAUGCUGCCUGGUUUAGAGGGCAUGUGCUAUCACACGAGGCUAGAUAAAUUUGGGUUGUCUUCUCUGGAGCAUUGGAGGCUGAGGGGAGAUCUGAAAGAGGUUUACAAGAUUAUGAGAGGCACAGAUAGAGUGUAAUGGAGAGUAUCUGAUUCCCAGGGUUGAGUUGUCUAAUACCGGAAUUGAAGAUGUGAGGGUGUAUGUUCAAGGGGGAUGUGAGGGGUAGGUUUUUUUGCUCAGAGAGUCAUGGUUACCUGGAAUAUGCUGUCUCUUAUGUGGUAGAGGCAAAUACAUUGGAGGCUUUUAAGAGACGUUAAGAUAGGUACAUGAAUGUAAGAACAUAGAACAUAGAAUAGUACAGCACAUUACAGGCCCUUCGGCCUACAAUGUUGUGCCGACCCUCAAACCCUGCCUCCCAUAUAACCCCCCACCUUAAGUUCCUCCAUAUACCUGUCUAGUAGUCUCUUAAACUUCACUAGUGCGUCUGCCUCCACCACUGACUCAGGCAGUGCAUUCCACGCACCAACCACUCUCUAAGGAAGAUGGAGGUAUAUGGACAUGGCAUAGGUAGGAGGAAUUAGUGUUUGGGUGUUUUUGAUUUGCUUUUCAGCUGGUUCAGUACAACACUGAGGGCCGAAUAGCCUGUUCCUGUGCUGUACUAUUCAAAGUUUUAUGUUUAGAGGGAUAUGGAUCAAAUGUGGGCAAAUAGAAUAAACUCAGGUAAGCACCUUAGAUGGAUGGAUUGGGCUGAAGGACCUGUUUCAGUGUUGUAUAAUUCAGUGAUUCUUUGUGUUUUGUUUGAAUUCUUUUUCUGUCAGUGGUAUCACAGGUAUACAGGGUCAUAAAGAGAGCUUUUGGCACAUUGGCCUUCAGUAAUCAGGGCACUAGAGUGCAGCAUGUUAUGCUGAAGUUGUGUACAAUGUUAGUGAGUCCGAAUUUGGGGUAUUGUGUGCAGUUCUGGUCACCUUCUUACAGGAAAGGUAUCAAGAUGCUUGAAAAAGUGCAGAGAAUAUUUACAGGGAUGUUGCCAGGACUUGAGAACCUGAGCUAUAGGGAAAGGUUGACUAGAUUAGGAUUUUAUUCACUGGAGUGCAGGAAAAUGAGGGAUAAUCUUAUAAUGAUAUCCAAAUUUUGGAUGAGAUUAGAACUAGAAGUCAUAGGUUGAGGAUGAAAGGUGAAAUAUUUAAGGGAAUCUGAGGGAGAACUUCUUCACUCAGAGGGUGGUGUAAGUGUGUAAUGAGCUGCCUGUGGAAUUGGUGGAUGCAAGUUCGAUUGCAAUAAUUUCCUGCUCAUUCUUUUCAAUGUGAUGUUAGUUUUGAUAUAAUGUACAUUCCAUUUCAUGAGAACAAAUUUAAUAAACUAAAUUAGCAAAUCUUAAACUAAAAUGAUAUUGAUGCAACAGAGUGAAACACAAUAAUCAUAGCUGAUGUAAGAAAGCUCCAGUGGAUCCGGGUUGAGUAAGACUUCAGAGAUGAACUUUCUUAUCUGAUGAUUACAGUACAAAGCUGAAGGCCACCCCCCCCCCCCCCCCCGUGAAAACAAACCAACACACUAUUGGUAACAUCCUUAUUUAGGCCUGGCACUUGUUGCACAACUUGAACAUGUACUGCAGUAAGUCAACUGGAAGCCACAUCAUUGACUUGAGACAAAAUUAAAAUAAUGGUAUGAUUAGAUAAGGCAUGGAAAGAUUUCAGGAUACAUCUUUGUGAUUUAUCUUUGCAUCAUCAAUGCGGACAGGAGAGGUUCCGGAGGAUUGGAGGGUUGCGGAUGUUGUUCCUUUAUUCAAGAAAGGGAGUAGAGAUAGCCCUGGAAAUUAUAGACCAGUGAGUCUUACUUACCUCAGUGGUUGGUAAGUUGAUGGAGAAGAUCCUGAGAGGCAGGAUUUAUGAACAUUUGGAGAGGUACUGUAGAAUAUAAUUAGGAAUAGUCAGCAUGGCUUUGUCAAGGGCAGGUCAUGCCUUACGAGCCUGAUAGAAUUGGGGAUGUUGUGGAUAGUGUGGAGGGCUGUCAGAGCUAGGUAUUGGUGAAUGAGAUAGAGAUAGACACUCAAAGCUGCUAUGCAGUUUGACUCUGUGGUUGAGAAGGCAUAGGGUGCAUUGGCCUUCAUUGACCAUGGGAUUGAGGUUAAGAGCCGAGAGGUAAUGUUACAGCAAUAUAGGACCCUGGUCAGACCCCAGGUGGGCCCCCACCCUCCUUCACCAUUCCCUAUUUGCAUUUCCCUCUCUCCUUAUCUCUUUACCUGCCCAUCACCUCCCUCAGGUGCUCCUCCCCUUCCUUUUCUUCCAUGGACUUCUGUCCUCUUCUAUCAGAUUCCUUCUUUUCCAUCCCUCUAUCUCAUUCACCAAUACCUAGCUCUUUACUUCACGCUCCCCACCUGGUUUCACCUAUCACCUACUACCUUGUAUUUCUUCCUCCCCUCCCCCACCUUCUUACUCUGAUUUCUCAUCUUUUUUCUGCAGUCCUGAUGAAGGGUCUUGGCCAAAACAUUGACUGUUUGCUCUUUUCCAUAGAUGUUGCCUAUCCUGCUGAGUUCCUCCGGCAUUUUGUGUGCAUUGCUAAUUGCUCCAAACCUAGCCCUCAGAUUUUGUAUUGUCCAUUUCCGGAGCAUAGUGAGGAUGUUAGAGACUGUAAUCAAGUGAUCAGCUUCCAGAGGUUGUUUUCACUAAAGCACUGCAUAAUUUCCUGUAGAUUUCCAUCACAAAAAAAUCAGAGUGCAAAUAAAUGCAAUUAGAUAUUUAUUUUUCACUAAUUAAACACUGACCUUACACAAGAUAAGAUCAACAUAUAAAGAGAUAUUCUUUUUCCUAGAAGCUUAUGGUGCUACAAGGUAAACUUCGGAGUUUACCAGAUUGAAUCAAUGAUGACAAAGAUGAGAUUUAACUGAAAUCCAUUGUCAUGUUGCCUUGAAUCUUUAAAGCCUUUAAGUACCAACUAUCAAUUGUACUAUCACUCCACUAGUAAAUGUUUCCACAAUCCACAAAUACACUUAAACACUCUGGCUAAAAUCUGAAACAAAAAGUUUGCUGUGAGUGACGGAAAGACUGAAGACUGGGUGAUCACCUGCUGGGGUGGGCGAAUGGUGAUUAUUUGCAUGAUUCUAGAGGGUAUAUUUAUUUAUUUAGGGAUACAGCACAGAACAGGACCUUCCAGCCAGCUGAGUCACGCUGCCCAACAUCCCGCUGAUUUAAUCCUAGCCUAAUCACAGGACAAUUUCCAGUGACCUGUGAAUUCUUAGGUGUGUGGGCUGUGGGAGAAGCUGGAAGAGACCCACAUGCACACAGAAAGAACGUCUAAUCUUUCUUACAGAGGAUGCCAGAAUUGAACUCUGACAUCCCUGGCUGCAAUAGCAUCACACUAACUGCUAUGCUACCAUGGCACUCCAAGGUAGGGGAAAGGUAUGUGCCAGUAAUUGCUUUCUGAAAAGUUCCACUAAGGAAGUUGAAAAUGAAAUGGCAUGAUUUACAUCUGACGAGGAAAUUGGAUUAGAUUCACAAGUAUGACAGGAUUGCAGUUCUGUCUAAUCUUCCGAGUGAUGAAAUUACCUGGAAGCAGUUGUUAUUAUGAUUCAUUUUGGGAUAAAUUUAAAUAGUUUUAGAAUUAGACAACAGUAUAAACAACAGUACACUGCAGAUGGAUUGCCAGGCGAGGGGUUAGGUACAUAAUUUGUAAUUCAGAUCACUUGUCAAAAGUUUUUAAAUGUUCGAAGAGACUGAACAUUGGACUAAAACUGCAAUCACUGGAAUGGUGGUGGUGGGGAGUGUGGUGUAGUUAUUGGGGUGGGUAUUUCACUCAUCUCAAAGCUCUUGCUGCUUUGUGAUCAUUAAUGUGGCCAAAACUGUGCAACUUGAACAUGGAAAAAAAAUAUUAAGGUACUGACAGAGGGAUGUAAUAAAAUAGUUAAAAUAGAUAAAAUAGUUCACUUAAUCUGGAUCAAGAAUGCUGAUGAAAUGUCUCUGCCCAUAAUGUUGACUGUUUGUUUAUUUCCAUAAGUACUGCCUGACUUGCUGAGUUCUCCCAGUAUUUUGUAUGUGUUGCUCUGGAUCAUGAGUUUCCCAAUUGUCAUCCUUGCAGAGAGUAUAUCAAUUCUAGCUUCUGAACAGGGUGAGAACUCACCCCAUCAUAAAUCCUGUGUAUCUCUAAGCUAAACUGUGGUCCCUCUAAUGCCAUAUCAAGGUACCUUUAUUUUCAGGGGUUCCCAACCUUUUUUAAUGCCAUGGACCCCUACCAUUAACUGAGGAGUCUGUGGACCCUGGGUUGGGACUCUUCUGCUUUAUAUCUGUAGUGAAAGGGAAAAAAAUAUAAUCGGGCAGGGUGAAAAAAUAAAUUAGGCUGUCAAUUAAAAUGUUGACUUUACCAGACAAGAAGGUUUGAUAGAGCAACAUGGUUGCUAGGCAGCAAAUGGAUACAAGCAGGGAAAUGAAAUAAUGCCAACCACGGAUAUCUGGGGCCACAGAAACAAUGGUGCCAAACAAGGUGAACUGGCACUUUCAAAUCAUUACUUAAUCAAGUAUUAGGCAAUGCAGCCACAAGCAGGAGAAGGAUAUCCAAGCAACACACACAAAAUGCUGGACAAACUCAGCAGGCCAGACAAAGAGAUGGAAGAUGUCCUAAUAAAAUAGUUCACCUAUCUGGAUCAAGGAUACCGAUGAAGUGUCUCAGCUCGUAACAUCAACCAUUGUUUUAUUUCUACAACGCUGCCUGGCCUGCUGUGUUCCUCCAGCACUUUGUGUGUAUUGCUUAGGCAAUGGAGCAAUUAAUGCAGGUUGUUUGAUUGGAGGGAGGGUGACAGAACAUAAGAUAGAAUUGGAAAUUCACCCAUAACUCUGAGGAUGGCAAGAAACUUGGGUACAAUGGCAUACAGAGGGAUCUUGAGGUGCAAUCUGUGGCUUCCCAAAAGUGACAACUAAAGUAGAUAGGGUGGUGACGAAAGCAUGUAACAUAUACUCCUUUCAUUGGUCAGGGAACUGAAUAUAGAAGUUGGGAAGUUACUUUCCUGGUGUAUAUAGCUUUGGUUAGGUUCAUAUUCAGAGUAUUGUGUGCAGUUCAAGUUGCCAUAUUACUGGAAGGAUGUGGAGGCAUUGGAGAGGGUGCAGAAGAGAUUUGCCAGGACGCUGCCUGGAUUAAAGUAU